AAGGACAUCUUCACAGGUUGAACACAGGCACGUACUGGUGUUUGUGCGGGAUUUUCAUUUUUCUGGAAUCCGCCAGCCUCAGGUAUGAGGGCCUGCUUAGUGUUCCUUUGCUUACUGGCAGCAACUCUUGCCCUGUCUGUAAAAAGUAAACCUCAUGGAAAACAUCACGGAUUGCACAAAACUUUACACACAGCCAAGGAAAAGGAUGUCAUCACAGAGGAGGCCAACAAGCCUCAGAUCUUGCCUACUUUAGUCACAUUUGAGGCCAGAAGUCAAGAGCAGGAAGAUGAGGAACUGAGCUCCGAAGACAAUGCUAAUGCUAACAAGGACGAUGAAGAGGUGACCGAAAAGAGGGAGAAAAGCACCGCAGUCCUGCUGAGCGAGGAGGAACUGGUAGAUCUCCUGAGGAAAGAGGCAGAAGAAGACGAAGAAGCUGAAGGAGAGCUGGAGGAAGAAGAAGUGGAGGCUGACAAAGGCAAGGUGGAGUCUAGUGAGGCUGAAGAGAUCACUGAGGGUGAGGACACUGAGGGGAAGGAGGAGAAGAAGUUGGUAGACAACUUAGAGGAAGGGGUGAAGGAAGAAAGUGUGGAAGAUGAAGAACAAGAUGUGGACAAGAUGUCUCUGGAGGAAAAGCAGGAAAAGGUGGCUGGCAAAAUGGCUGACACAGAAGAGCAAGCGGCACUUUUAGAGGAUGCAGAUGGCAGCACAGAAUCAGAGAUCCCGGUUGAUCUUGACUAUGCUGCUGAUAGUGGCCUUCUGCAACCUCUACAGAUUGUACCAGCUAAAGCCCACGCUGAUGACACCCAGUCGAAUUCAAAACCAGAUAUUAAAGAGAAGGAAGAACUACCCAGUAUUGCUGACGACUAUGAACAGGAAAUGCAAAACACUGAGGCUGCAGACAGCGAGGAAGUGUCUGAUCAGGACAAAGUCAGAGAGCCUCAAGAAGCAAAGACCAGCGGAGAGCUUGAAUCAGGGUCCCGGCUGUCUGGAAAGGAGGAGGAGAAGAGCAAGAAUGAGAGUGGAAGUCAAACCAAAAGAAAGACAAGGAAGCAAAAGAAAAACCAGAGGGCAAAGAAGCACUCUCCACAGAGGGAUGAAACACAACCUGGGAAAGAGCCGAGACAACAGGAUGCUCAGGAGUCUGAAGGCCGCAACAUUGACAACACAGUCCACAAGGCAAAGAGGAGAAGGGCAGGGAAAUGGGGUCCUUUAGUAGGUAUGAAUCCAGUGCAGAUAAGAGCGACAGUGGAUUUGUACCCCCAGUCCAGGCCCUCUGUUGGUGAAGGCCUGCAUCCCUCAGAGACCCCUGCUGAUCCAUGUGACAAUUUCCGUUGCAAACGUGGGAAAACAUGUAAACUUGACGCAGACAGUAAGCCAGGUUGUGUGUGUCAAGAACCGUCACAAUGUCCUCCCAGCAUGAAUGAAUUUGAUCAUGUUUGUGGGACAGACAACAAAACGUAUGAUACAUCAUGUGAACUUUUUGCUACUAAAUGCAAUCUGGAGGGCACAAAGAGAGGACACAGACUGCAUCUGGACUACACUGGGGCAUGCAAAUUAAUACCUGCAUGCGUGGACACUGAGCUGAUCCAGUUUCCUCUACGUAUGAGGGAUUGGCUGAAAAAUGUGCUGCUGCAGCUCUAUGAGCAUGACUCCAUAUCCCAUGGCUUUCUCACCCCUAAACAGCGUUUUAGAGUGAAGAAAAUCUUUGAGAGCGAGAGACGCCUUCACGCUGGCGAUCACUCUGUUGAGCUGCUGGCGCAGGACUUUGAGAAAAACUAUAACAUGUACAUCUACCCAGUACACUGGCAGUUUGCCCAGUUGGACCAGCACCCCUCUGACAGGUUCUUGUCCCACUCAGAGUUGGCUCCACUCAGAGUCCCUCUGGUGCCGAUGGAACACUGCACCUCACGCUUCUUCCAGGAGUGUGACGCUGACAAAGACAAACAGGUUUCCUUUAAAGAGUGGACCUCUUGUUUUGGCAUCAAGAACGAGGAUAUGGAUGUCAACCUGCUUUUCUGAGCUUUGCUUUGUACUACGUCUACUACACGAGCUUGUGGAAGCUGCUCCAGCAUCUCAGCUUGAAACAAGAAGCCUCCACAUACCAUUUGGCUCCUUUUCUUUAUUUUGUCAGGUCAAAAUGUUUAAAAUACUCUCUGGCAAAUAACAUGAAAGAAAUUCAUUUUACCUCCUGCUAUAAAGAACAGAUGUUGGUAAUCAUUGCUGUUGUUUUGUGUCAGGCUCAGCUUGGACAUUUAAAUCGUUGAUCUGUAAUUUAGACUAAGCUGCUAGAAUUGUGUUUUUUUUCUUUUUUUCUUUUUUAGGAUAUAAGUAUUUUUAGACAGUUUUAUCCAGAAUCUGCUUUCUAAUGCAUUCCAACUUGGGGGAAAGUUUACAACAGCAUAUUAAUAGAAAAGGCACUGUGCCCUGCUUUAAAAGAACUGUGGUUUGUAUGUUAGAGUGAUUUAGAGCAGAAUUACUCUUUAAAUUAUAAAGGUUUAGUAGACAAUUUAAAAUCCUUGUGUUAUACUAGUAAAUGUAAAUCUGUAACUGUGUUGCUUAACUGAGAAGCAAAUGCUGUAAAUGUCUGUCUUCUGAUCUUAAAUAUAGCUCUAAUUAAAGUUUUACGAACGGUUAAAAAAAAUGACACAAACUAUUUCUGUGCAAUGAUAUGUUAUGAUCACUUGUGUUUCUUUAAAGUCCUGAAAUAAAGAAUUAGCCUCUUA